UUCAAUACCCAAUCAAUCAUCGGUCUGUCAGUAAGACAGAGAAUAACACAACAUGAUAAAAAUAAAUUAACCAACGUAAUACUCUAAUAUGAAUAAUGAUUGAAUUUGUAAACCGAAUCGAUGCGAAAACUUAUCAGGAAUGAUUUCAAGUAAGCAUCCAAAAAUGGUUGGCUAUAGUCAAGAAGAUUCUCUGUCACACAGCCAGAAGUUGAUAGCUGGUAGUGUUUCUGGGCUGGUGACCCGCUUUGUAAUUCAGCCUUUAGAUGUGCUAAAAUUAAGGACACAGUUGCAAAAGAAAAUGCCUGAAGGCAAAUCACUUAAUUUACACAGCAUGACAAAAAAAAUUUUAACGGAAGAGGGCAUAACCGCUUUUUGGCAGGGCCACGUUCUUGGACAGGCACAUUCGAUUCUCUCUUCGACGAGCCAAUUUUUCGUAUACGAAAUGACCACAAAACUCAUUUCUAGCUAUCCUGUAGAUCCUAAAUACAAAUCUGUUCUAGAAUUUAUGUGUGGCAUAACUGCAGGCUUUUGUUGCGCCACGCUCACCAUUCCUCUGGAAGUUAUCCGAGUACGACAGGCGUUGGUAAAGCAACAAUAUGGUGGUUUGCUUAAUGGUGCCAAGGCGGUGUACGCAUCUGGCGGAGUGAUGGCCUUUUUUGAAGGCUGGACAGCUAGUGUACUUAUGUUGGGGCCCCAAGUUGGAAUAACUUUUUCCGUAUUCAGUUUGAUGCAGCCAAUGAUACUCAGUUAUCUCUACAAAUGUAACAGUGACUGUGACCAUCCGAAAACAAGUGCUCACAAGCCAGAACAUCUAGUUCUGGCUUCGUCCAUCGCUGGAUCUAUUUCUGGAAUUGUUUCUAAAACGACUACUUAUCCUUUAGAUCUUGCUAAACGCCGAUUGCAAAUAGCAAGCCACAAGCCACUAGAACGAUUUCAAGCCCCGACCACGUCCAGAAAUCUAAUAAAAUGUACCGAGCUUAUAAAGUGUUUAACAGAUACUGUUAAAAUCGAAGGUUUCUUUGGAUUAUAUAGAGGCCUUUUGGUGACUGUUUAUAAAGCUCAAGCUACCAAUGUAGUUUUGUUCACAACUUACGAAUUUGUAUGUUUUCUGUUAAGGAAAUAAAUAAAUAGAUAAAUAGUUUAUCUUGUUCAUUAUAUUGAUAUUUUGCUCUAAGAUUUACGGUGCAGUUUAUGGGUAAAAUAAAAUAACUAU